AUGCUUCAUCCAUCACCUUUAGUUUCGUUUAUGUCAGAUAAACAACUUUCACUAUUUAAUAAAGUUACAAUCGGUGAAGUUAUUAAGGGUGUAUUGUUACAACAAUUCUUUCAAACUCUAUUUGGAUUAUUGAUAAUUGUUGUAGAUGAUGAGGAUGCUUUGGUUGAUGACACAUUGGAAAUUUUAAAAUAUCAAAAAAGUUUAGAUUUAUUUGUUGAUAAAUUUGAAUCAUUGAAAUUUGCAAUUAAACCAUUCGGCAAUAUAAUUAUUGAAUUAUUAUAUUGGUAUUUAUUUCCACUACUAAGAUUUGCUUUUGCAAUGAUUUUACUAGAUACGUGGCAAUAUUUCAUGCAUAGAUAUUUCCAUCAGAAUACAUUUCUUUAUCGUCACAUUCAUUCACUUCAUCAUAAACUAUAUGCGCCAUAUGCAUUUGGUGCACUUUAUAACCAUCCAAUUGAAGGAUUUAUAAUGGAUACAGUGGGUGCAGGUUUGUCAUUUAAAAUUUCAGGAUUAUCAACCAGAGGAGGAAUGUUAUUUUUUGGAUUUGCUACUUUUAAGACUGUCGAUGAUCAUUGUGGUUAUGCUUUACCAUUCAACCCAAUUCAAAAAAUAUUUGGAAAUAAUUCAGCCUAG